AGAAGUCCUAAAUUAACCAACCAAAGAACAAAGGAUGGAGCUAAUCUCCCAAGAAUUCAUCAAACCAAUUUCUCCAACUCCCAAUCACCUCAUCAAAUCCUUUGAAUAUUCAAUUUGUGAUCAGUUUGCUCUGUCAGAUCACAUCCCUAUACUUCUAUAUUACCCUGCACUAUCAGAUGAUAACCAACAAGAAUCAAAGGCUAUCAACUCAUCCAGAUUGAAACGCUUAAAGAAAUCUUUGUCUGAAAUUCUUGCUCAUUAUUACCCUUUGGCAGGAAGACUCCGAAGCAAUAACUCUACUUGUGUCGACUGCAACGAUGAAGGCGUCCCAUUUCUCGAGGCAUUUCUGCACAAUCAACUCUUGGAAGACAUUCUCAACAACCCUCAUGAGAACUACAAAACUGCAAAAUCUUUUGUUCCACCCGCGUCCUUUGAGUCAUUUUCAUCGAGUUUUUUGCUUCUGGUUCAAGUUACAUCCUUUGAAUGUGGAGGAACUGUUGUUGGAGUUGCACCCAACCACAAGAUAUUAGAUAUGCCUUCUGUAAUCACCUUUUUAACUGAUUGGGCUACUUUGGCACGCCAAGACGACGAUCCCAACAGUAAUUUCAUGCUCCCGCAACUUGUCCCCCUUGCGAAGUUUUUCCCUCCUAGAGAUAAUGUACCGUCCGUAUCUAUUAUUGCUGAAGCCUCUUUAACAAAGGAACCAUGUCGCAUCAAUAUAUAUGUUUUCAACCCAUCUAGCAUAGCAAAUCUAAAGAUUAAGGCAACUAGUGAGAACAUAACUACGCCUUCGCGUGUGGACGCAGUGACAAGUAUUGUGUGGAAGUGCUUAACUGCUUACUCCAAUAGGCCAUCCGUGUUAACAUAUACGGUGAACUUGAGGAAACGAGUUACUCCUCCAAUGCACGCUCAUCAUAUUGGAAACUUUAUUGGUUUUGCAGAAGCAUCAAAGCAGGGGAGUGAGAAAGAUAUGGCUGAUAUGGUGGUUUCAUUACGAAAAGGGUUAUCCGAGUUGGAGAAUAAGUAUGUGAAAAGAUUGAAUGGGAAUCAGGAUGAGGCCAUUGAAAGCAUCCAAGAGAUGUUAAGAGAUCUUAUAAGCUUGAUAGCGGCUGGCAUAAAGAACGAUGUGGAUCUCUACCACUUCACUAGCUGGUGUGGCUUCCCAUUUUAUGACGUGGAUUUUGGAUGGGGGAAGCCAAUUUUGUUUAGUUCAAUUCCAUCAAAAUUGAAGAAUGUGAUGACAUUAAUUGAUACAAAGGAUGGUGGAGUGAAAGUUUAUAUUUGUUUAAGUGAAGAAGACAUGAAAAUGCUUGAGAAAAAUACCGAAUUGCUUACUUAUGCAACUCUCGAGGCCAGUUUUCCUAUUUAGACUCUCGAAGAAUACUUGUAGAAAAAUGAAUAAAAGUGGCAAAUAAGGUUCUUGUUUUGUGUUAAGAGGUGCACUAUUCAGAUCCCUCUUGUUGAAUUCCAGGGAAUAUUAUGUUGUUGUUGUUUUGUUAAGAGGGAAUCUUCAGUCCCUUUUAAAAUGCGAUGUUGUUUGAAGUAGUUAAGUUUUAGUUUUUUCUUAACUAUAAAAAAAUGUUACUUA